GCUGCUUAUAAGAUCUUCAAUCGUCACCUCUGACUUCCACCCCACUCCCUCCCCCUCUCUCUCUCUAAAACACAACACAUGUGACCGUAACGAACAACAACACAUCACAUACACAAUUUGUUUUCAUGUUACAGUUUUCAUCUAUGGCAUCCAACAGAUUUCCAACGUAUUUCACUAGUUUAAGGAUGAACAAAAGAACCAUAUUCUUCAUGUCUUUCGUUACAGUCUUAUGUUCUUGUUCCUACCUUAUCGGAAACCUUAAACUCUCCACCACAACCACCGAAUUCCGCCGUUACACUUCUUGUACCAUCAACGCCACCACCACCGCCGCCGCCGUCAAAACCCAAACCACCCUCGAUUUCCACCCCCACCACCUCGCCGAUGACCUACCCCACGCGCCACCAGCGGCGCGUUUAAACCGGUUCCCACCCUGUUUAUACAAAUUCAGUGAGUACACUCCUUGUCAGGACGUUGACCGGUCGUUGAAGUUUGACCGUGAGAUGUUGGUGUAUAGAGAGAGGCACUGUCCGGAGAAAGAGGAGGUGUUGUUGUGUAGAAUACCGGCUCCGUAUGGUUACCGGCAACCGUUCCGGUGGCCGGAAAGCCGUGACGCCGCGUGGUAUGCUAACGUGCCGCAUAAGCAUUUGACUUUGGAAAAAGCUGGUCAAAAUUGGGUGCGGUUUAAGGGUGACCGGUUUAGUUUUCCUGGCGGCGGUACUAUGUUUCCUAACGGUGCCGGCGCGUAUAUUAACGACAUCGGGAAGUUGAUUAAUCUCCGGGAUGGUUCGAUUAGGACCGCCAUUGAUACCGGUUGUGGGGUGGCUAGUUUUGGGGCUUACCUUUUAUCAAGGAACAUUUUAACAAUGUCAUUUGCACCGAAAGACACUCACAUAGCCCAAGUACAAUUCGCACUUGAACGUGGAGUUCCUGCUUUGAUUGGCAUCCUUGCUUCUAUUCGAUUACCUUACCCAUCUCGAGCAUUUGACAUGGCUCAUUGUUCUCGAUGCCUCAUCCCAUGGGGGCAAUAUGAUGGUUUGUAUUUGAUUGAAGUUGAUAGAAUUUUACGCCCAGGAGGAUAUUGGAUCCUCUCGGGCCCACCUAUAAACUGGGAGAAGCGUUGGAGAGGUUGGGACAAAUCGAGGGAACAAUUCAAAGCGGAACAAGAUAAGAUUGAAGGAGUGGCGAAAAGCUUGUGUUGGAAAAAGUUAAUUCAAAAGGAUGAUAUUGCCAUUUGGCAAAAACCUUCUAAUCAUGCUCAUUGCAAAAUCACUCGUAAAAUCUUCAAGAAACCGCAAUUUUGUCAAAAUCAAGAUCCUGAUAUGGCAUGGUACACUAAAAUGGAGCCAUGUUUGACUCAACUACCAGAUGUUUCCAACAUUAGGGAAACAUCUGGGGGAGGGCCAGUUGCAAAAUGGCCCGAUAGGUUGACAUCAACCCCACCAAGAAUCAUUAGUCACGAUGUUGGAGACAUUACAGAAGAAAUAUUUAAAACCGAUACAGAUCUUUGGAAGAAGAGGGUAUCACGUUACAAAUCACUAGACCAACAAUUGGCAGAGAAAGGACGGUAUCGCAACUUGCUAGAUAUGAAUUCUUACUUGGGAGGUUUUGCCGCCGCACUUGUCCUCGACAAUGACCCAGUGUGGGUCAUGAACAUUGUACCCGUUGAGGCGAACGUGAACACUCUUGGAGUUAUAUAUGAGCGGGGUCUGAUUGGAACAUAUCAAAAUUGGUGCGAGGCAAUGUCUACGUAUCCAAGAACAUACGAUUUCAUUCACGGAGACUCGAUUUUUACUCUAUAUAAAGACAAAUGUGAAAUGGAAGACAUACUAUUGGAAAUGGACAGGAUUUUAAGACCACAGGGAAGUGUAAUAAUUCGAGACGAUGUUGACUUAUUGGUCAAUGCGAAGAACAUUGCCGAUGAACUCGAGUGGGAAACCAGAUUGGUUGAUCAUGAAGAAGGGCCGCUUGAGCGAGAAAAACUACUCAUCGCUACGAAGCGAUAUUGGACAGCCGCGGACCCUAGCCAUAAUCAAUAACGGGUGGUUUUUAACGCUUUGAUGAUUCAUAAUAAAUGUAUUAGAAAAGUAAAGGGAGAAUCAUUUUUUGAGUAACAUUGUGAAGUACAUGUUGAAUACUACACUAUAAAUAAAAAUCUAAUUGUUUAUUUUCC